AUCCCACGCAGUGACACAGAUAGUCACGCAGUUUAAGUUUCUCAAACAUUUAAGACAAGUUUUUGAAUUCGAAUCCCAGUAAUGGCUCUCGGACUUGAAAUCACAGAGCUCAGGUUGGGUCUUCCCGGCGGAGAUCAGCCUGGUGCGGGGGGUAAGAGUGCUACUGAGACGACCAAGAAGCGGGUGUUCUCGGAGAUUGGUGCCAGCAGCGGUGGCGGCCAGGAUAAUGAAAAUAGCUGCUCUGGUGGUGGUGACUCGAAAACACCGGCGAAGAUCGAGGUGGUGGGGUGGCCGCCGGUAGGGUCGUACAGGAGGAGAAACAGCAUGAGUGAUCAGCAGCAGGGUUCGAAAAUUUACGUGAAGGUUAGUAUGGAUGGAGCUCCUUUCUUGCGUAAAGUUGAUUUGGGUUUGCAAAAAGGCUACUCCGAGUUAGCAACCGCGUUGGAGAAGCUCUUCGAUUGCCAUGGAAUCAGAGAGGCAUUGAAGGGUGUGGACAGUUCUGAACACGUUCCCAUUUAUGAGGACAGUGAUGGUGACUGGAUGCUUGUUGGAGAUGUUCCUUGGCAAAUGUUUAUAGAGUCAUGCAAGAGGCUGAGGAUCAUGAAGAGGUCGGAGACAAAAGGCUUUGAUCUGCAGCCAAAAGGUGAAAAGGGUCUAUGAAGGGCAAAACCAAGUGAUGGAUGACCAACGAAUGAAAGACUAAUCAAAGUGAAACAGAAAAUUAGUCUUCUUAAUUAAUCUAAUAUCCAUUAUCUACGUUUUGGUCAUUCCCACUUAAUUAAUGUAGUCGUUUUAUAAUAUGUCCAUGUGUGAAUCAGACUUUUGCUUAUGUAUAAGAUAUGAAGGAUAUAGAACCUAUGCAGAUGAGGAAAACUCGUCGUUUAAUCUUAUAUAUUCAUGUUUUUAAUUUUCCAUAACAUAACUCAUAU